AUGGAGGAUCCUCGCUCUGCCAGCCUCCCCAAAACACUGGUGGUUUCAUGGAUGAUGCAGGCUGCCGUGCUGAUCUUGGAAUGCACGCCUGAGAUCCUGAGGGACCCUGCUGCUCAAGAGAUGCUUCGGCAGUUCACUGUCGAUACAGGUUAUCGCAUGGCUCAGGGCAUUGUGAAGCUUGGCAAUGCAUGGUGCAGUCGACGUGACAGAUGGAUCGCUGUGCUCACUGCCCCGGUGGUUCAUCCCUGUGAGAUUUUGGAUUUGCCUGUUCUUGAUUCGAUUCAAGUUGUCAGUCAUUUGAUUCCUGAAUUUCGCAUUUGGCAUCAAUUUGACCAGGCUCAGCUCACGCUGAAUCUGUAUGAGUUGUCAAAGUACUACCAGUUUGCAGCUGGGUGCAUGAACUCGGUGUGGAUCAGAAUGGACGAAAAACUGCCCACGCUCCUCCACAGUGCUGGCAACCAGUUGUAUACUUGUGCAUGUGGUUGUAGGGCUGCCUUGAGUGAUGCACGACUCCAACAACGGGGGCUGAUUGGCACCUUGCUGAAGCUUGGCACCUCCCAGGUACACAUGCACACCUGUAUGGAGCAUGCACGGUACUUGCACCCACUUGAGAUGUGGGCCCUUCUUGGAGGUAUGCCCACGGUUUCCAUGGGUCACAAUCUGCGGUUGGCUAUGGCUGGGGUUGGGCAGGCAGUUGCACCGUUGAUGGGGCUUUGGAUUUUCGCCCAGGUGAAGCGCUGUUUGGACUUGACCAUGGAAUCUCCUUCACCUUGUGAUCCUAUGAAAGAACUCACGGCUUACAUGACUGAGGUGAUAGCCUGCUGUAGGGAAAUAUGGCCACUUCCUGUGGCGCCCACUGCACUUGAAGCAUCCGUUGCAGCCUCUGCCUCUGAAGAUGCCCAUGAUCCGAUUGAAGAUCCGACUGAUGGACCGAUCACCUGUGUGGUUACUCGUCCAUGUACAGAUGAGCCUGACUUGUCUCUCCGUGUUGCUUCGUCCACCAUAGGUGCGCAACUUUUGGCAGCAGAGGUGACUCUUGGGUCUGCUGUUCCAGGUUCACAGUUGAGGGUUGAUGGACUUCCAUUUGACUUAGCCAAGCCAUUGCCUGCUGGAGCACUUGUCUCUGUCGUGUCCCCUGAUUGGACUCCCGAUGCACUCAAUGCUGAGAAGUAUCUGCCUUGUUGUUUUGAUAGCACUGAGGUUGUUCAGAAAGCCUUGCCGUCAGGUGUUGAUGUCCCACAGGGGCCGGUCACCACACGUGAUCAGCUUGCAGAUCUUCGAUGGCCUGACAUGAAGUGCAUUGAACGCCAGGACCUACUGGGUAUGCAGGGACCAGUGUGGGGUGAUGAUGAAAUCAUGCAGGGAUUGUUGCAGAUUGCAGUCCUUACCGAAUCCGAUCAGCAGGUUCAUGUGUGGGAUCCCUUGUUGAUCACUGGCCUUACCCAAUGUGAUGUGCCUGAAACGUGGAAGUCACUGGUUUUGGACUUGGGCCCAAUUUCCACGGUCCUCUCUGCAGUUUUGGUUGGACACCAUUGGAUUCCGCUGAUCUGGAGGAUCGAUCUUGUUGGAGUUGUGCUCCAUACGUUGUCGGUGAAUUCCCCCUAUGAGCAUGUGAUGGAAUCUCUUAGCAAGGUCAUUGGACUUUUUCGGGGUGGGGCCAUGGGGGUCUGGAAAUCUCACAGUACUGGAUUUGUGCCUGAGGGUCACUGUGGUGCCUUGGUCCUUUCCUUUGUCCGUCAUGUUCUGUGGGGUCAUGCCCUUGUUCCAGAUCAGGAUGCUCUCAAUGCAUUUGCUGCGCAGGUUCGAUUUGAAUUUUCUGAUGGACUUCCGGAUCCUUGUCAGCGUCCACGGUUGGCUGGUCUUGGUGUUACCCCUCAGACCCGACUGGCACAAUUGUUGGUUCAGCAUGGCGUUGGUGAAACUGAUUCCUUGGCCAGAGCGGCGUUGGUUUUGAAAGCACUUGGGGAGGAGGGAGUUGUACGGGCACUUGAUGCUGGAAACCCUUGGAAGGAACUCAAAUGGUUGGCCAACCAGCUUCGCCCUCCAUACAUGUUGAUCAAGCCAUCAGAGCUGCAGGCACAGGUUGAAAAGAGGGCUGCUGACAAACCUGUUGGUAACAAGCGUCACAAACAGCCCAAAGGCAAGGGCAAAGGAGAACGGCCAGGUAUCAGUGUUGAUCCUUCUUUGCUGCGUUUGGAGCAUGGGAUUUUUCAGAGUGAUGAUGGUCACCCACUUGGCCAGUUGACAUUGCCUCAGGUUGGUUCGUCUGCUGCUGGGGUUGUUGUGGUGUCGGCCAACUGCGUUGAACCCUACUUGCGUGCCCCUCAUGUCCUCUCCACUGGACCUCUGGCUUUCUUUGUGGUGGAUUCGGAUGGUGAUUUCAAUACCACUUUUCCUGUCUCUGCUGAGCGUGUUCCUUUGGUUUGUGCUGCAAAUUCCGAGCCACUUUUGGUUGACGGCCAUGUCAUACAGCUUGGCGCCAGGCAGGUGAUUCGUGCACCUGCUCAGGCGGGGUGCGAGGUUCGCUCCAUCCCAACUUGCGUGGUGAAGGCUAUGGUUUUCAGAGAUGAGACACCUGGUGACUGGUCCCAAGUAGUUGCCCAUCCACUUCAACACGUGUUUGGACUUAUUCCGCCUCUUCAAGCCUGUUCUGAUGCUGAGUGUGGUGGAUGUGAAGCAUGGCACAGUACUCCCAGCUUGCCCAUGGACACACCAGUUCUUGAGUUGUGGGGCAAGCAGUGGCUUCGUAUGGACUUUUCCCAUUGCCCACCUGAGAAAGCUGAGAUGUUUUCAGCACACAUCCGUCUGCCUGAGCACCUCCAACUUCAGGUUCAGCAGUUUUCAGGUCACAGUGGUGUGUAUCUUGAGCCGAAAGCCUUGGAUGGACGCAAACCGUCGCCUGAUUUUCAGGUAGUAUGGGUUCCAAAGCUUGACAUUGCCCAGUUGAUGGUUCAACGCCAAACCAUUUCACAUGUGGUCGGCAUAGCACGGUUAGGGACCAAGUAUGGACUUCGAUGCCUGACAGAACAUGCAGCUGCGGUCUUUGCCAAGCUUCGACCAGGGCACACCUUUCUUCCCCCUGGCAAGCGUCAUACGUACCUGGUAGGACCCUUUGCCUUUGGAACUCUCCAGGCUUCCGUUGCUCAGGCUCUGUUGUCUUCCGGGUGGACAGCCAAACCAGUCCAAGCAGUUGCAGCCAAGUCUCAUGUCCAAGGUCCCAUGUUCCGUGUUCAGUCGGUCCAGGAACCCCCAAUGAAAGUUUUGCGCAUGGCUCAUGGUGAUGUCAUGAUUGCCAGGGAAGAUGAUGCAUCCCAGCCGCCUCGGGUUGAACCAAAGGUUGUGGCUACAACGACCACCGAGUCGUUUGUGUCCAAGACAUGUGAAGGGGAUUACAUCCAGAAGAACGACCCUUGGGCGAAGGCAGCCAGCAAGUUACCUGCCAGGACUCAGUCCUUUCAGAUUGGCAAUCCCUUAGAGGAUGUUACCCAGAAGGUGCUGGCUGAAGUCAUGGCGCAACUGCCGCGUCAGCAGAUGGAGGUAGAUGCUGAUGAAACUGUGGAUGGCCGUGUGACCCGUCUUGAGAAGCAGGUGCAUGAGCUCACAGGUCAAGCUCAAACCCUGAUUGCGGCCUCCCAGCAACAGGCCACAGACAAUGCCAAGCAGUUCCAAGACAUCAGGACCCAGGUUCAUGAUCAAGGACUUCAGUUUGAAGCUGCGAUCUCCAGCCAGGCAGCUACCAUUCAGACCUUCCAAGAUGCCUUUCAGGAACAGUUCCGCCAGCAGGUGUCACAUCAACAAACGAUGCUUGACAACAUGUUCAACAAGCAGAUGAGCCAGUUCGAAACCUUGUUGGCCAAGCGUCCACGACAGGUCAGUGCUUGGCGCCUGGGUUCUACCGUGGCAUUUUGGUGGGUGAGCCGCGUUGGACUCCUCUGGCUCUUGGCCUCAUGGAUUGCCGGUGGAUCCAGUGGUCUGCGUGAUGACAGGGAUGGUGUGGUUGGGGCCCUUGCAGCAAUGACCAUGGGGGUGGGCGAAGCUUCUCAUCCUGGCCCUCAGUCUCCGUCGUCUUUUACCUUGGGCAUUGCAAAUCCCUCAGGGCUGAAUGGCAAGUUGGAUCAAAUCAACCAUCUGGAAGGAGAUGCUUGGAUUUUGUCGGAGACCCACCUUUCUCAGCAGGGUAUCUCCACUUUCGUGAAGGGCUUGAAGAUGCUGCGUAGCCCCUGGAAGUUCGUGGUUCCUGGUGCCCCUAGUCCAGCUCGCCAGCGUACUGACACUGGCACUCACACGGGUGUUAUGUUCCUGUCAAAGUACCCUGCACGAGCGUUGCCACAUACCUUUGAUGUGUCUGCGUAUGCCUCUGCCCGUCUUCAAGUUGCUGGCAUGGCUGUUGCCGAUACCUGGGUCACCGUUGGACUUUUGUAUGGACUUCCUGAGAACGCCCAUCAUAAGCAAGCCAGGUACCAGACUGAUGCGUUCCUUGCCGAACUGGUGGAUAGGGUGGGUUGUCAAACCACUGGCCCACGGGUCAUUGGAGGUGAUUUCAAUUUUGGUCCCACGGAACUCCAACAGUUGGAGCGGCUUCAGGCCCUUGGAUUUCGUGAAGUUCAAGAUCUUGCUGCCUGGCGUUUUGGAAUCUCAGCCAAGGCUACUGGUCGGGGUUCCCGCCGCAUUGACCAGAUGUGGAUCAGUCCUGAACUGCAAUCGGCCUUUCUGGGUGUCCAAGUAUCUUUUGAUCAUUGGGCUGACCAUGCUGCAGUGAGUGCGUCCUUCUCUGUGCCUGACUUGCGAAUGGUUGUUACUUCCUGGCCUGUUCCUCGACCCUUUCCGUGGCCGGCGUCCUGGAGUUGUCAUGUUGCGUUUGAUUCCUCUGGCAAUCUCACUGAAGAAUAUGCCAAAUUUUGGUGCCAAGUUGAAACACAGGCCAAAUGCUGGAACCAGCAUCACGGGGUUUUUGUGACCAAAAAGCAGUGUGGUCGUGCGGCAGUGCUUGAGACCACAACUACUCGUGAGCCUUGUUGUCCUGUGAAGAAAGCCCGCAAGGGAGAUGUGCAACCCACCUACAUGGGAACCAGCCUUGAGCAUGCCAGGUACUUUCGGCAACUUCGCCGUCUGCAGUCUCUUUGCAGGGCUCUUCAAGGUGGUCCUACCACUCUUGCUGGACGGUGUAAUCGAGAUGAAACAUGGAGAGCCAUCCGGCGUGCUGUUGGCUUUCCAGGGGGUUUUGGACUUUGGUGGAACGCUCAGGGACUGACUCCGGUCCUUGCUGCAUCGUUGCCUUUGGUUUGCCCUCCGUUGGAAUUUAUCCAGGGCCUCUUUCAGGGUUUUCAGAGUUUUGUCCAAGUCUAUGAGAAGGAACUGGCGCGCCAGCGCUACCAGCAUGCCAAACACCGGCGUGCCAGCAACUUGGCAUUCGUUUUCCAGGACUGCAAAGAUGACCCGCUGCCCAAGGCUGACACCCUUAUAGACAGGGUAGAGAUGCAGGUUGAAGAAGUCCGUGAGGAUGAUUCUUCAGUUGUCCUUACCCAGCCGGUGGCCUUGCUUGAUUCCCUGCCACUGGUCUCCGAAGGCCAAUGGACUCAAAUCUGUGGUUUUCUUGACCGGGUCAUCCGUCCCAUUCAAUGGGAACACAAGCCUUGGACUUUGGACAGGCUUACUCAAGCAUUUCGCCAGAAGAAACCCAGGGCAGCCAAGGGACCGGAUGGAGUCUCUCAACCUGACUUGGUCGGUCUUCCUCCUUCUGCGGUUGGUGUUCUAGUUCAGCUGCUUGAGCAGGUUGAAGCAGGCCGUGAUUGGCCAUCUCAAUUGGCUAAUGGUUUUGUGUCGAGCCUUGCCAAAAAGGCUGAUGCCCAACAGGUUGACCAAUUUAGGCCGGUGGUUGUCUACAGCCUCCUCUACCGGGUGUGGUCCACUGAGCGUGCCAGAGAAGCUUUGCGUUCCAUUGCAGCCAUUCUUCCGGCUAGUGUGCAAGGUGGGGUUCCGGCCCGACAAGCUAAAACGAUAUGGUAUGAGCUUGCCUCUGCGUUGGAAUUGGCAUAUAUGCAAGGCACUGAAUUGCAUGGGGUCCUGAUGGAUAUUCAGAAAGCUUUCAACAAUAUUCCACGCCACCCUCUGUGGCAUGCCUUGAAUGGACUUUGCUUCCCUGAGCCUACGUUGCGUGCCUGGGUCAACUUUGUCACGCACCAAACCAGGCGCUUCCGUGUCCGGAGGUCAGUUGGUGAGCCCCUCUGGUCUACCUGUGGACUUCCUGAGGGCUGUGCUUUGUCGGUUUUUGGCAUGGUCGUUGUUGACUGGGUUCUUGACCUUUGGAUUUCAGCGCUGGAGGUUCGGGUCAGUCUUCGUACCUUUGUUGAUGACUGGGGUCUUCUCUUUCAAGAUGCUGGGGUGUUUGAUCGCGUCUGGGCCUCGGUUGAGGAAUUCACUGGCCACAUGGACUUGGCCAUUGACCUUACCAAAACAAGGAUUUGGUCCAAUCAACCUGAUGCCAGGAAGCAAUUCCGGGAUGGCCCUUUGGCUGUAGCGUUGUCACAGCGCAACCUUGGCGCUCAUCAGAACUUUAGUAGGCAUUCUCAUAAUGCUGAAGUUCAGAAACGCCUCGCUGGCAUGCCUCCGAUCUGGAUCCGACUUCGUGCCAGCCAGGGGCCGUACCAUCACAAGAUCUCAGCAAUCCACAUGAUGGCUUGGCCCCGUGCUCUCCAUGGAAUUUCGGUGGUACACUUGGGUGAUGGUCACUUUCGUUCACUGAGGUCUGGUGCCAUGCGGGCAUUGAAGUCUGACAGAAAAGGGGCCAAUCCGGCUUUGCACCUGGUGACUUCUUCACUGCUCACCGACCCUGAAGCUUGGGCAGUUGUUCAGACCGUCCGUGAUGCACGGGAUCUUGGUGAUUACUCUCGGUUGGAAUCCCUCCUUGGUUUGUAUGCUCAGCCUGAUCAUGGAUUACCUUCCAAUGGGCCCACUGCAGUUUUGUUCUCUCGGCUGUCCCGUCUCGGUUGGGGUGUUGGUGGUCAUGGUCUGGUGCAAGAUCGGUUUGGCUGCUUCAGUUUGGUCUCAGUUGGUUGGGACGAGCUGCACCUCCGCAUCAAGCUGUCUUGGGGUCAUGUCUUGUCUCAGGCAGUGAUGCACCGGAGCACCUUUGCAGGCAUUGAAAAUGCUGACCUGACUGAACUGCAUCAAGCACUGAAAGGUUUUGGCCCGGUGGAUCAAGUUUACCUUCGCUGUCACUUGGAUGGUACCUUGUUCACCCAGAAUGGUCGUGCCAAGUUCACCCCAAGAGUUACCUCCAAGUGCCCUUGGUGUCCCCUUAAAGAUGGUUUCCAUCAUAGGGCUUGGAUUUGCCCACACUUUGCUUCCUGCCGAGCUCACCUGACUGCUGAUCAGCUUGCUGUGGUGGUCCUGGAACGCUUGACAACAGAUUGCUCAUGGGCGGGCAUGUGGUUGGCUUGGUUCAAUCCCCUUUUCGGGCUGAACUUACAGCAAUGGUUUGUGCAGUGCGAUGGGCAGUGCAGAGAGGCCAGCUUGUUCAUUUGUGGAGUGACUGCCAAGGAGUGGUACGUGGGCUCCAGCGGUUGCUGCAACAACGACCUCUUAAGAGGAACAGGCCGCAUUCAGACCUUUGGAUGUGUCUUCAGGAGCUCUUGGUCGGUUUUCAAAGUGGUUUCGCAUGGGCAAACUGCACAGGCCACAGGGCCACUUGAGGAGUGGGCUUACUGGCACAACAAUUUGACAGACAGGGCUGCGGACGCAAUCAACCAGCGGCGAUCUCCUGAGUUUUGGGAGGCUUGGACAGGGCUGGUUAAGGCAGUGCACUUCCAUCGCAGGUUACAUGUUGCGAUCUUACAGGUUCUCCUACAGACUUCACGGGUUGCUGCAGCUGAGCAGACACCAGCUCCUAAGCCUGUUUUGACCUCUGAGGUUGGAGUCCCCCAGCAGGUGAUGCCGGUAGCACGUCCAUGCUCGGCUUCAGUGGCGAAAUGGCUGGUCUGCUACAGAUUACGUUGGACGAAAGAGCAAGUGGACGAGAUUGACUCCAUUGUGUUUGCCCAAAUGCGGCGCCAGGUUGUCACGGCGAAUGACGUGGCCCUGCUGAAUGCCGCAAAGACGGUGAGCAGGGAGAUCUUGACGGAACGCCUUUGCGAGGCGGUCACUGCAUUGCAACAAGCCACCAGCGAUAACAUGGCUUUGAGACGAAAGUGGGAAGCAGCGCAGGAAGAACGAGAUGCCUUGCAGAUACAAAUGAACAACAUGGAGAAGGAGAUCUUAUUGGCCCAGCCGCAAGCAGCUCCCGUGCUGGAUUUCGUUGAGGGCGGGCUCGAUCUUUCUGCCAUGGCUACCAUGCGGGCCUCAAUGUUCUACGACGUUCUCCUGCUGCGGGAGGAGAGGGUGACUUGGCUGCGCUGCAUGCAGUGCAUCGGAAUGCAGGUCAAUCCUCUACCCGUGAAAGCUGGCGGGGAGAAAAGGUGCCGUGCGGGCCAUGUGGUGGAGAAGGUGAAGAAACUCAAACCCUGGCAAGGUCAUAUCCAUGUCCGAGAAUGUUUCUAUUGCCACAACACCAUCGACCGCCAUGAGCUCCAUUACAGCUGUCCGGAGAAAUGCCGUUUCGACGUGUGUCAAUACUGUUACAAAUCUCAGAUUGGCAAACUCAAGGUACGGUCCAGGUCACCAGGCUCGGCGCGCUCCGGUUCAACUUUCCCGGUUCCAGGAGAUAGCGGCGCUGCAUCGUCCAGGAGUGGCUUCUCUGCUGCCAAAGACUUUACUGGCGCAGGUAAACUGCUAACUCCACCAGGGGUGUCCAAUGACGCUACAUCUUCACCAAUGCGAGAGUUCCGAGGUCAAUCGACUGGAUCGGGUGGAUCGGGGAAGACCGCUCAGAUCCACCAACGCUUUCGCUCUGUGAGCACACAGUUCCUGGAGUCGAGUUGGCAACGCUCCACAGAGGUGGUCUUUUGGACCUUGAUGGUCUUCGCAGGCGCAGCGCGGAGCGAACGGAAGGGGCGGUUCCUCACGGCUUUGGUGUCCAAUUUGGUGGCUGGGCUUCUGGUGAUCCUCUUUCUCUUCACCUUGGAUCGCUUCCAAGCAAGGGCGAGCCUCGGGGAGCUGGCGCUGGUCUCUGAGGUGGACUUGAAGAUGCAAAUCAUCCUGGGGAUUUUGGUCACCUGCGAAAUUGGCGCCGCGGUGAAGGUUCUCUCCAACGAACACCACACCAUGGCGUCCUGGUUCUACAUGUUGACGCCAGUGGCCACGAUCCUGGUCGCAAGUAGCAGCUUCUUCAGAAUGGAAGUUCUGCAAAAGGAGCUCCUAACGGCCGCUGGAGUGGCCUCUUUUGGCGGCAUCCUGGCGGUGAAAGGGCCGCUGCCUUCUUUGGAGGGACUUAGAGCACUUCAAUGGGCAAUGAUUGCUGUGGUCAUCACUGUGGCUCGAUGUCUCUUGACCCAACGAGUCAUGGCACCGGCCGAUGGAACCAGGCCCGGUGCGCUACAUGUGGCCAAGGCGGUGCUGCUCGCCGGCUCCACCGUGGGCGCCGAGCUGUCAAUUGUCUAUGAGUGGACUGGUUUUUGGUCGCUUCCGUGGCUGCUGAACAAGGGCGGCGUUUGCCACAUGCUGUUCAUCAUAGGCCUAUGCGAUGCAAUGAGCGUCAUAGGCCAUACGCGACUCAUUCAAAUCACUUCUGCCACCUUUGGAGCGUUGCUGGUGCCCUUUCACACCGUGACGGUGUUGCCUAUCGAGGCACAGUCUCUUGGUGCUCCAAUUACGGCCAUCAAUUGGCUUGGGCUGGUGCUUUGUGCCACAUCUGCUGUGAUGUAUUUCAAGGCACGAAAGAUUGGUGGCGAGACGGCAGAAGUCCUGGACGCGGAUCGCUGCGGUUUCGCUUGCGGUUCGCUGUCGCCGUUUACCUCACACCGCAGCAUGUCCAGGGCAGCGUUCAAUUCCUUAGGAGAUGACGAAGAGGACGACCCUCGCAAGCACGAGUGCCGAGGGAAAAUGAAUCAAGGGGAGGUUGCCUUCAAUUUUAAGCAGAAGAACAUGCAGACAGAUAUGGAGAUGUGGUUCAUGGAGGCGAUCCCGGAGGUCUUCGGAGUCGAGGAUUCCGACGAGUUGGACGAAUCCCUACAGGAAGAUGCCCAGGCUGAUAUUGUUGAGAAGAUCUGCUCCACCAACAACACAGAGGACAUGCGACAAACGUUGCUGGCCUGGUUGGCGCAGUGCCCGGAUGCAGCGAGGCGUGACGACUUUGUAGGGAAGGCAGUCUCCAAGGCCCUGAAGGUGCAUUUGGCGGGCAGAAAGUGA